AUGGCACAACAAGGGUCCACGCUUGCUUAUCGUACCCUUGCCCCGAAGCCGACGUCCGGACCUUCCAAACGAAGAGCCUUUGAUCCUCCAGAGCCUCCAGAUCCUUCGCUGCCAAAGAACAUGAAGGGGAGAAUCAAGAGAGCGCCGAUGUCUUGCGAAGAGUUUGAUCAAGGUAUCCCGUGUGCAGCGUGCAGCGUCCACGGGCUGACCUGCACGGUGAACGAGUUCUCCGAUAAGCGCCGGAAGACGACUGCCAUACACACGUUGGAGCAAGCCGCGUACUACCGGGCGUUCCUCGAACAGUCCUUCCGCGUGCUGCGCGUCUCCGACCCGUUGAUCAUCGAAGCGGCGUUGGCCAUCAUCCGGAACAACGAGUCCCAUGAUGUGAUCCGCAACGAAUUGAUCGCGCUGGUGCCGGGUAACGACCCAAUCCUCCCCACGGAAAAGGAGAUUCUGGAAAUGAUCCAAGAAGAGAAGGAUGAUGAGAAGGGGAAGAAUACGAAAUCGAACGACCCGAAACAACCCGGCCAAUCCUGA